CAAUCGCGAAUACAAAUAAUGAAACAUUGCAAUUGCAACAACAACAACAACAACAACAACAAAAGCAGCAGCAACAACUGCCUAGCGCUAAUAACUUGAACAAUGCGAGUGCUAAUGCCAAUGACAAUAGCAACAAUAUUGCUGGCGCAAAUACGCCGCAGCCAGCUGCAACAACAACCGACGAACAACAAGCACAGGCGCAGUCGCAGUCACAGCCACAGCAGCAGCAACAACAACAACAACAGCAAGUACAACAACAAUUGCAACAGCUACCACAACAGCAACAGCAGACACCACAAACACAACCGAAUGCAGAAACAGAGACUGAAAGUGCAUCUGGAACAAGUGCCGUUGCGAUCGAUAACAAGAUCGAACAAGCUAUGUCCAUUGGCGUCGCAUACUUAUGGUAAGCGCCAAAAAAUGCCGCAAGCGCAAUUACGUCAACGCCCAGGUGACCACUUAUGUGGUUUAACGUGUUGGCAUCCUGCCUGGAUGCAACGCUAUGCAACUACUAAAUCAUUCAUGGCUGUUUAUGGUCUAUUGGGUACCAUUCAAGCUAUGUCCUAUAUGUACUUUGUUGUAACGUUAACCACCAUUGAAAGACGUUUUAAAAUUCCAAGUCAAACAACAGGCAUUAUUCUAAGCGGCAAUGAAAUAUCACAAAUCCUGUUAUCUCUCAUUCUCAGCUAUAUUGGAGGUCAACGAAAUCGCCCACGCUGGAUUGCUUGGGGCAUUGUAUUUUGCGGUCUAUCAUGUUUUAUUCUAGCGUUGCCACAUUUCAUUUAUGGCGCCGGGGAUGAUGCGUUACAUCUAACCGUUGAAUAUUUACAACAGCAGUCAUUGCACAAUUUGGAAAAUGUGACAAGUACAUUAACAUUGGUUAACUCGUCUAUUUCUAUUCAAAAUUCACAAGAAAUAUGCGGUUUAACGAAAUCAUCACAAGAAUGCGAGUCACUUUUAUCUAUUGUGCCGCUAAUCUUGAUUUUCUUGUCGCAAUUCGUGCUCGGUAUUGGCAAUACUCUUUACUAUUCGCUGGGUCAAACAUAUCUGGAUGAUAAUACGAAAAAGGCAAAUACCCCACUUAUGCUGGCUGUGGCCAUGGCGCUGCGAAUGAUUGGACCGAUUGUGGGCUUCUUUUUGGGUUAUGCUUCGCUAAACAUGUACAUCGAUCCAUCGAAGAAGCCAAUAAUCGAUAAUAAAGAUCCACGCUGGUUGGGCGCUUGGUGGUUCGGCUGGAUGAUAUUGGGCACUCUAAUGGUUCUCUUCUCUGGACUCAUCGGCCUCUUCCCCAAACAGUUGCCCAAGAAGAAGCCAGAACAUUACAACUCACACUUGCCACGUAUGAUGCGGUUGGAGGAACUGAAGAAGGAAGAUGGCAUUCCAUUGGGAAGUACGCUCUCUUUAAAUGUUGCCUUAGAUGCCAAUGCAGCUGGGCCAGUUGAUCCGGACUUUCCAAAACUCAAAGACUUUCCCAAGGCUUUAAUGCGUUUGUUACGCAACAAAUUACUUAUUUACAACAUUAUAUCGGGUGUCUUCUACAUUUUGGGCGCUGCUGGCUACAUGACAUUCUUGUCUAAAUAUAUGGAAGUGCAGUUUCAUAAAACCGCACAAACCGCCACCAUUGUUGUGGGUCCUAUAUCGAUCAUGGGUAUGGUAAUUGGUCUCAUUGGAUCUGGUAUUAUAAUAUCAAAGAAACGGCCAUCACCGAGUAAGGUGCUCAUGUGGAAUGUCAUAGUGGGGUGUGUGUACAUUUUGGGGCAAACGUCGUAUAUUUUUAUGUAUUGCAAGUGGUGGAAGGUAGAUUCGUUAAAAUUUAUGAAUGUCCAUAACUAUAACUUCAGCACGCAAUGUAAUAGCAAUUGUUCUUGUAAUAAUGUGGCGUAUUCACCAGUGUGUCACGAAGCCAGUGAUACAACCUUUUUCUCAGCCUGUCAUGCUGGUUGUAAAACAUGGGACUCCAAGUUAAAGAUCUUUUCCAAUUGCUCCUGCGUUGAUGCCCCCGAUUAUACCACCACUCCCUUCUAUACGAGUACCACUCCUAGUUUUCUUAGCAGCAAUUUAAACGCUCAACAACAACUACAACAGCAAAAAGUGCAAGUUAGAAGUUCACACGCAACAACUGGAGCAACACUACCAUCCAUUACGACGAUACCCGACUUCGCAUUGCCGACAACACUACCCGAACCAUCGAAAACCGCUAAUAACAUACUUUCGCGUGCUCACCGUUCUGUAGACGCACUUACGGAAAUACUCACACCUGGAGUGUGCCUCAAAGGCUGUUCGGUGGCAUUUUACAGUUUCACAAUUGCCUCGAUGAUCGUAAAUUGGUUUGGCUCUUCUGGCCGUAUUGGUAAUUUAUUGGUUAAUUAUCGCUCCGUUUCGACACAAGAUAAAUCCUUCGCUCAGGGUCUUUCAUUGAUGAUGAUCAGCCUGUUGGCACUUAUACCUGGUCCGAUAAUAUUUGGACGUAUAAUUGAUUCCACAUGUCUGGUGUGGACGGAAACUUGUAAUGGUAGAGGCAAUUGUCAGCUGUAUGAACAAACGAAAUUCCGAUACUACGUGAAUAUAUUGGCGUUAUCCCUCACUUUCAUCGGCGUAGUCUUCGACAUCCUGGUCUGGUACCAUGGCAGACAUCUUGAUUUAUAUGGCGAGAAGGAGGCGCAACAAAAUGAAGAAAGACGCCGAAAAGAUAAACCAAUCACUCCAUUGUUGGCACAUAAAUCAUAAUUGGUUGAACCGAGUUAUUGAGGAUCAUAUCUACAUAUACAUAUGUAGGUAUAUGUAAAUACAAAGGUUGUUUGUAAUUUAGGAAUUUUUAGAGCUAUGUUAAUAGCAUUACUCUAAUUCGUUGUAAAUGUACAUACAGCACGUAUUCUGAAUUUUAUUUUUACUAUUAAUGUAUGAACUGUAAAUGUGUGAACUUGUAAAUAUUUUUUAACAGUACAAGGAAGCCUUAUAUGAAUUUAUA